AUGAUUUCUCAACUCGCUACUCUCAAUUUGACAGCGAUUAGGGAGGCCUACUCCUUAAUUCAAUCCAAGAUAUCUAAAACUCCAGUCUACCAAGCGGCAUCCUUGUCACGUAUCGUCAGCAAGUCAAUAUACCCAAAAGGGAGUUCUGAUACCGCGAGCGGCGCUCCAAAGAUUAACGUCUUUCUCAAAUGCGAAAAUUUGCAGAAGGCAGGCUCGUUCAAGUUUCGUGGCGCUUCUCACUUUCUAGCAAAACAAAACGAUCGGGCUCUCCGAAAAGGCCUCGUUACUUAUAGCACUGGCAAUCACGCCAUUGCACUAGCUCAGGCAGCAACCUUUGCAUCAGCAGAGAAAGGCUUCCCUAUACCCCUAACCAUCCUCAUGCCAAAAACAGCAAACAUCGGCAAAAUCAACAUGAUCGAGCGUCUAGGGGCCAUUGUAACCACCCAUCAGUCCACAAUGGAGGAUUGUGCGGUGCGGGCGGAGGAGCUGCGACGGGAAGCUGAGAUGACACUAGUUCCACCAUCUGGCCAUCCGUACAUUGUCCUAGGGCAAGGAACUGCCAUGCUAGAAUUCCAACAGCAGAUUGCGGGCCUUGGGGCGAAACCAUUGGAUGUUAUUAUCAUUCCGAGUGCCGGGGGUGCACUGCUAGCUGGCGUGGCUCUGGUAUGCAAAGAGGCUAGCUCUCCUGUUGAUGUGUUUGGGGCUGAGCCGUUAUAUGGCGGAGCUGCUCUCUCCCGAUGCCGACAAGAGGGCCACCGCGUUGUCGCCUCAGGCCCGACGACAUUCACUAUUGCUGACGGUCUCUGCUCCAUGGUGGCGAAAUGCAACUGGGAAAUCCUCCGAAGCAACACAUAUGUACGAGAUGUAUUUUCAGCAUCUGACGACGAGAUCCGGGCAGCCAUGCGACUGAUCCUUGAAGAUGCAAAACAAGUCGUUGAACCCAGUGCAGCCGUGCCACUAGCUGCCCUGAUGUCCAAUAAUCACCUCCGCUCCUACUUCACACGGAGGAAAGAUCCGUUAAAUGUUGGCAUUAUCCUGAGCGGGGGGAACAUAAGUGUAGAGAGGCUGUUUAAACUGCUCGCAUGA